GUCAAUGGCUUCUAAAAUGAUUAUUAAACGGGAUUUUCUGCAUGUGAUGCUGCUUUUUCGAGCAAUAAACAACUCAUCCCCUGCAUCAUCAUCAAAAAAGAACUUUGUUCUUCAGAGUACUCUGCUUGAUGUUGCGUACAUUGGUUCAAUUCUUUGUUUCCGCUUCCUGUUGAAUGUUCACGUGGGGGUUCUCUUUCUUACAGAAUCUGGGUCUAUGAAAGUUAGGUUCCAGAGAGAGAGGAACUGAUCAGAGCUGUAUGUUAAUUUCUUCAUGGAUCUUUAGCAAGUUUGAGAUCUGGGUCAGGAGAUGUGACCGAGAUUUGAAGACCCAUUUGCAGUUGUGCCUUCAACAGAUUUAAUUGGACUGAGAAAAUGAGCAGGAAAGUGGACUUCUUGUUCAUUUUCUCUGCAAUUAUCUUAUUUGGAGCAAUAUCAUGGCCUAUUGAUGCCGACCCAGUAGAGGAUAAGCAAGCAUUAAUAGAUUUCCUUAACAAUAUUCCACAUUCCCAGCCUCUCAUUUGGAAUGAGAACUCUCCAGUAUGCAAUAACUGGACAGGAGUGACCUGUAAUGGUGACAAUUCUAGAGUUAUCUCCCUCCAGUUGCCGGGAUUUGGAUUCCGUGGUUCAAUUCCACCCAACACUCUUAGCCGCCUUUCAGCAAUCCAGAUUCUAAGUCUCAGAUCCAAUGCUAUUUCAGGCUCAUUCCCUUCUGAUCUCUACAAGUUAGAGAACUUGACAAAGCUUUAUCUUCAGUUCAACCAGUUCACAGGCCCACUGCCAUUGAAUUUCUCAGUUUGGAGGAAGAACCUCACGGUUGUUGAUAUCUCAAACAACGGCUUUAAUGGCAGCAUCCCUUCUUCAAUUUCUGAUUUGACUCACCUCACAGCAUUGAAUCUUGCUAACAAUUCUCUUUCAGGUGAGAUUCCUGAUGUCAAUAUUCCUAGUUUGCAGCAGUUGGAUCUAUCCGACAAUAAUCUCACAGGAACUCUGCCACUGUCUUUUCAAAGAUUUCCAAGUUGGGUAUUCUCUGGUAACAAUGUUUCGACUGGAAAUGCUGUUCCUCCACCGCUUCCAGUUCGGCCACCCGAUGCUAAACCUUCAAAGACGAAAACAAAAGUAAGUCAGACUGCAAUUCUGGGGAUUGCACUAGGAGGAUGUGUACUGGGGUUUGUUCUAGUAGCCCUUAUGAUGUUUAUGUGCUACUCAAUCAAAAAUCGAAAGGACGAGUAUCCAACACAAUCACAAAAGAAAGAAGACUCUUCGGAGGAGAAGAUUUCGGAUAGAGAAGAGAAGAAUAACAGGCUUGUGUUCUUUGAGGGUUGUGGUCUUGCAUUCAACUUAGAGGACUUAUUGAGAGCGUCAGCUGAAGUGCUUGGCAAAGGAAGUCUUGGUACAACCUACAAGGCAGCUCUAGAGGAUGGAUCAGCGGUGGUGGUGAAGAGGUUGAAGGAAAUAAGUGUGUCAAAAAAGGAGUUCGAGCAGCAGAUGGAGGUGGUUGGAAACAUUAGGCACGAAAAUGUGACCGCGCUAAGGGCUUUUUACUACUCAAAGGAUGAGAAGCUUACGGUCUAUGAUUACUAUGAGCCGGGGAGUGUUUCUGCAAUGCUACAUGGUCAAAGAGGAGAAGACCGGGCUCCUUUAGACUGGGAAUCUAGACUAAGAAUAGCUAUUGGUGCUGCUAGAGGCAUUUCUCAUAUCCACACACAAGGAGGUGCAAAACUUGUCCAUGGAAACAUCAAGGCCUCAAACAUUUUCAUCAACUCUGAAGGAUAUGGCUGCAUAUCUGACGUUGGUUUGGCAACAAUUAUGAGUCCAGUGCCCACACCAUUGAUAUGGGCUGCAGGGUAUCGUGCCCCAGAAGUAACCGAUGCUAGGAAGGCAAUGCGUGCAUCUGAUGUCUACAGUUUUGGGGUCUUGCUGCUUGAACUUCUUACUGGAAAGUCCCCGGUACAUGCCACGGGUGGCGAUGAGGUAGUCCAUUUGGUGAGGUGGGUGAACUCUGUAGUUAGAGAGGAGUGGACUGCAGAAGUGUUUGAUGUAGAGCUUUCAAGGUAUCCCCAUAUACAGGAGGAAUUGGUAGAGAUGUUACAAAUAGGAAUGGCUUGUGUGGUGAGGGUGCCAGAGCAGAGGCCCAAGAUGGCCGAUGUUGUGAAAAUGGUGGAGGAAAUCCGGCAGCUCGAUACUGGAAACCCGCCAAGCUCUGAUAACAAUCUAGAGAUUUAAAUUGCAAACCAGACACCACUAUCAAUUCACAUGGGAUCCCCUGCUGUUUCCACCACAAUAAGAUUCUUUUUUAUUGUUUCACUAUUAGUUCUGAUAAAUAUUUCUUAUCACAAUCGGAGUAUAUUCAUUCUAUCAUUUAG